AUGCUCGCGACUGAGUUCCUCCCCAGCAAGUUUCCGAGAGGCUCAUUAACUGUUACUGCGGAGGAUUUCGCCUCGGUGUGGUACGCCAAACAGGGUAUCUUCACGAACGUGGUUGAGAUGCGGCUUAUUGAGCGUUUACGCUGGGAGCAUACGAUCGAGUAA